AUGGUAGGUAAUAAUUCGAUCAGGAAAAGCAAUUAUCUUAGACUUGAGAAAACUCCUGUACAAAAGGUUCCAAAAAUUGAACUUAUGGUAAUGCUCAUAAUAAAUUAUUAUACAGAUUAAUUGUCCUUUUUUUUGUUAGAUGCCAUUUCACAAAACUUGGCCUCAAGCAAGAAGCGAAAAAGACAGGAGGAGAAGGGGACGUAUGAGCAGUACUAACAGGAGCAGAAAAGAAGGCAAAGAAUUAAGAGGGUGAGGUUCUCUGUCAUGUUAUUAAAAACUUUUGAAUCAAAAUUUUGAGUAUUCAAAUGGUAAUUGUUUUAAUUGGCCAAGAAGGUAUACUGUACAUCCUUCGCUGUUAGGACUGGAGUAGAGGGGAGUAAAGUUUGUAAUAUUAUACGGCUUCUAUUUGCAAGUGUGUGAUGUGUGUUUCUUUCUAUGUAAUUCAUUUUCCAGAAGAUUAACUGAUUGUUACCCUAGUGGUCUUAAGCUAGCUGUUCCAGAGUCCUAACCGACCGCAACUACAUAAGUUUAAGAGCAACAACUAACAUCAUUAUCUCUCGCUCAGUGUUAAUUUUUUGCAACUGUGUUGGGGUUCAGAUAAUCAGUAUAAAAGUAGCUUUUGAGUUGCCAUGUGAUGUUUUAUGCAAAAAAUUAGCUGAAUUACUGAGUUUUUUUUUUCUCUCUCUCUCUCUUUUGUAUGUAGAAGCUUGAUAAAAGACUGAAAGCCGUCACUGAGGAGGAAAGGGAUGGUGACCUGUUUUCAGCCCUUCAUGCAAGCCUUGUGUCUUCAGAUGAGUCUGACACGGAAGAUAAUUCCUUGAGAACCAGGCCUCUGUCUUGGAGAACAGAGAAUGUGAACAACUUUUCUAAACUUUUGGAUGGAAGAGCGAAGGCAGCAAUGACCUCCCAACAAAGGAGACAAUCAGUUAGUCGAAGACAAGGUGUUGCCAGUGAAAGAGGGACAGACACUGUUCCAGGACAUUUGAAAUGGGCUGUGUGCAAUUCCCCAUAA